GCCCGUGCGCGCGCGCAGCGGGGCAGGCGCGGCGCUCAGCCCGCGGCGGGUGGGAGGGCGGCCCGCUCCCUGCCGCGCGCCGCAGCCGUUGGCGAUGAGCGCGGCGCCGGGCGCGCAGGGGCCCGUGUGCGCCGUGGGGGCGCCGGCGGCGCCGCCCGUGCGCUCCCUCUUCCGCCACGUGCGGCUGGAGAACCUGGCGGCGGGGCUGAGCGGCGGCGUCAUCUCCACCCUGGUGCUGCACCCGCUAGACCUCGUCAAGAUCCGCUUCGCAGUAAGUGAUGGAUUGGAGCUGAGGCCAAAAUACAAUGGGAUUCUCCACUGUAUGACCACUGUCUGGAAGCAUGAAGGACUGCGAGGCUUGUAUCAAGGGGUAACCCCGAACAUGUGGGGAGCUGGGGCUUCCUGGGGACUUUACUUUUUCUUUUAUAAUGCCAUCAAAGCUUACAAAAAGGAAGGGAAGCUGGAAAGUCUAGGUGCAACCGAACACCUAGUGUCAGCUGCAGAGGCUGGAGCCAUGACCCUCUGUAUUACAAACCCAAUAUGGGUAACAAAGACUCGACUUGUGUUACAGUAUAACGCUGGUGUUGAUCCAUCAAAGCGGCAGUACAAAGGAAUGCUUGAUGCUCUUAAGAAGAUAUACAAGAAAGAGGGCAUACGUGGCUUGUAUAAGGGAUUUGUGCCUGGUCUGUUUGGAACUUCGCAUGGAGCACUUCAGUUCAUGGCAUAUGAGGACUUGAAACUGAGAUACAACAAGUAUAGGAACAGACCAUCAGAUACAAAACUGAACACUGUGGAAUAUAUAACAAUGGCAGCUGUAUCCAAAAUAUUUGCUGUGUCAGCAACGUAUCCCUAUCAAGUUGUACGAGCUCGUCUUCAAGAUCAGCAUAAUACAUACUCUGGCAUAUUUGAUGUGAUCUGCAGGACGUGGAGGAGAGAAGGAAUUCAUGGAUUUUACAAAGGAAUUGUUCCCAAUGUGAUCAGAGUGACUCCUGCCUGCUGUAUUACCUUCGUAGUGUAUGAAAAUGUAUCUAGCUUUUUACUUGGUUUUAGAAAAGAGAAUAAUUAAAGGUACAAGCUUGUGUUCAGAA